AUGUCUUAAUAACUAUUUAAGGUGUAUUUGCAAUCCAUUUAACAUACUUUCAAGGAUUUACCAAAAGGAAACUUUUAUUGGAGAUUUCAUAAAAGAGAUAUCAAUAAGAUUGUUACUACUCCUUGUCCAGUAGAUUCACCAACAAAAGAAACAGAAAUAUAAUUGUUUAAAGAAUUAAGAGCAUAAAUUGGAGUCAGAGAAGACUUUGUUUGUCCUCAAUGUCCUCAUCAUGCAAAAUGUUAGAAGGCAUUUUAAUAAGCAGAGGGAGGUAAUAUGUAAACAUUACUAUUACCAAAUCUUUCUAAAUUUUUAGAAACCAUUAGUACUCAUUAAAUGAAUUUGUAAAUUAUUAUUUUAUUCAUUUUAGACAAAAUGAUUAAAAAAGUUUUUGGUUGUCUAGUACAAGAGUUUUAGAUACAUUUCAUUCCAUUUUGAUUGAUUUUCAACUUAAUCAAAAUAAACUUAAUGAAUAAUUUUUGAGUGAUAUAGCUUAAGUUUCUGAAAAUGAAUCUAUUCAUCAAUAAGAACCAAGUAAAAGAUCAGAUAAAUAUACAAAAAAAGCUGAUUUUUUAGAGGAUUAAAAUACUUAACCAAAAAAAGAAGGUAGAAGACCUGAAACUGAAGAAUUUGAUAAUUAUAAUAAGCAUUAAGGCAGAAGAUAGAAUUAUAAUGAUAAUUCUGAGAGUAGUAGUAGAUACGAAAAAUUUAAUAGAUAUGAUAAGGGGGACAAAUAUACUAAUAAAUAUGAUAGAUCAGAUUAAUUCAAUAAAAGAGAUAGAUUUGAUAGAUAUGAUAAUUCAUAUAAAUAAGAUCGUCAUUUUGAUUAAGAUAAAUAUAAUGAUUCUGGUAGAUAUGAUAAAUAUGCAAAUAAAUAAGAUAAAUAUGAAAGAUAUGAUAACAAAGAUAGAUAUAAUAGAAAAGACAGGCCUUAGAAGUAUGAUAGAGAAACAAAUGGAGAUUAAUUUAGAGAAAAUAGAAGUUUUGAUAAAUAUGAAGAUAGAAGUUAAAGAUAUGACAGAAGUGAAAGAAGAGAUAAAUUUGAUAGAAAUGAUAGAAGUGAAAGAGGUUUUAAAGGAGAUAGAUUUGAAAGAAGAAAUACAGAUUAUAGUGAAGAAAGUAAAGAAACAUCAAGAAAUUAUAAAGGUAGAAGAGAUGAUUUUUAGGAUAAUGUUAAUAACAAUGAAAAAAGUCAUUAUGAAAAUGAUAGAUUUUAAAAAAAUAAUAAAUAAACAAAAGUUAAAGAAGAAGAUGAUUUCAAUACAUUUGUUAAAUAAAGAGAACAAUAUUUGAAAGAAAAAGAAGAUAAUUUUGAAGGAGAUAAAAAAUAAUAUUAGAAUAAAAAAGAUGUUAAGAGUGUUUAAUAAAAUGAAUAAGCAAAUUUAAAUGAAAUUAAUGAUGAGGAAACUCCAUAAGGUAGAAAAGUUAAAAGGAGUAUGAAAUUUAAAAUUUAAUGAA